AUGGGUAAGGUCCACGGAUCGCUCGCUCGUGCCGGUAAGGUCAAGUCGCAAACGCCCAAGGUGGAGAAGCAGGAGAAGCCCAAGACGCCCAAGGGCCGCGCCCACAAGCGCAUGCUGUACAACCGCCGCUUCGUCAACGCCGUGGUCACUCCCGGUGGCAAGCGCCGUAUGAACUCGAACGCGGACAAGUAA